GGCUGUGACCUUUUACAAGUGCGAAAGUUUGUUGGUGAAAAACAUUAACAUUCAAAAUGCACAAAAGAUGCAAGUCUCGUUCGACAAUUGCAACAAUGUUAAUGUCUCCGAUGUUGUUGUGACGGCGCCGGAGGACAGCCCCAACACCGACGGUAUCCAUGUCACCGGCACAAAAAACAUUCACAUAUCCAGCUGCGUCAUCGGAACCGGUGAUGAUUGUAUUUCGAUUGUGAGUGGCUCCCAAAACGUUGGAGCAACAAAUAUUACUUGUGGGCCAGGGCAUGGAAUCAGCAUUGGAAGCUUAGGAGCUGAUAAUUCGGAAGCUUUUGUGUCUGACAUUGUUGUGAACGGGGCAAACCUCACUCGCACUACAAAUGGAGUCAGGAUCAAGACAUGGGCGGGAGGAUCUGGAAGUGCGCAAAACAUCACAUUUGAGAAUAUAGAUAUGCAUGACGUGGAGAACCCCAUUAUUAUCAACCAAAACUAUUGCGAUCUGAAGGAUAAGCCAUGCAGCACCCAGCCGGCGUCGACGGCGGUGGAAGUGAAAGAAGUGAGGUACGAGAACAUAUCCGGAAGUAGCGGGACGGAGGUGGCGGUGGUGUUCAACUGUAGCAUGCCGCAUCCCUGCCAAGGAAUUGUUAUGCGGAACGUCAGCCUGGUGGGGGAAGGUGGCGCUCCCGCCAAAGCUCAAUGCAACAAUGUCAAUUUCGGCAAUAAUAUCGCCGCCGAUCACGUCUCGCCGCUGUGCGCCGCCCCGCCCACCGCCCACCCCACUGAUCUCAUUAUUACUCAGUUUGUUCACCAUCCACACCCCAG